GGGGGUGGUUAGUGAGGAAAGGAAGGGGGUGGAAGAGAGUAAAGGGCUGUUGUUAAACAGUUUCUUACCGUAAGAGGGAGUUCAGACCUAGAUCUUUCCAGUUAAUCACACAACAAACUUAGCUCAUCGCAAUAAAAAGCAGCUCAGAGCCGACUGGUUCUUUUAGGCACUGAGUCGGAACAGGCUUCUCUCAGCCAGGCAUCUCCUCCAGUGGGAUCCGCCAGCCCGUCCAGCAGCACCAUGUGGGUGACCAAACUUCUUCCAGUCCUGCUGCUGCAGCACGUCCUCCUCCACCUCCUUCUGCUUCCCAUCCCCUAUGCAGAAGGACAGAAGAAAAGAAGAAACACACUUCAUGAAUUCAAAAAGUCAGCAAAGACUACUCUAAUUAAAGAAGACCCAUUACUGAAGAUAAAAACAAAAAAAAUGAACACUGCAGACCAAUGUGCCAAUAGAUGUAUUAGGAAUAAAGGACUUCCAUUCACUUGCAAGGCCUUUGUUUUUGAUAAAGCAAGGAAACGAUGCCUCUGGUUCCCUUUCAAUAGCAUGACAAGUGGAGUGAAAAAAGAGUUUGGUCAUGAAUUCGAUCUCUAUGAAAACAAAGACUACAUUAGAAACUGCAUCAUUGGCAAAGGAGGUAGCUACAAGGGAACAGUAUCUAUCACUAAGAGUGGCAUCAAAUGCCAGCCUUGGAAUUCUAUGAUACCACAUGAACACAGCUUUUUGCCUUCGAGCUAUCGGGGUAAAGACCUACAGGAAAACUACUGUCGAAAUCCUCGAGGGGAAGAAGGGGGACCUUGGUGUUUCACAAGCAAUCCAGAGGUACGCUACGAAGUCUGUGACAUUCCUCAGUGUUCAGAAGUUGAAUGCAUGACCUGCAAUGGGGAAAGUUAUCGAGGUCCCAUGGAUCAUACAGAAUCAGGCAAGAUUUGUCAGCGCUGGGAUCGUCAGACACCACACCGGCACAAAUUCUUGCCAGAAAGAUAUCCCGACAAGGGCUUUGAUGAUAAUUAUUGCCGCAAUCCUGAUGGCAAGCCGAGGCCAUGGUGCUAUACUCUUGACCCUGACACCCCCUGGGAGUACUGUGCAAUUAAAAUGUGCGCUCACAGUACUAUGAAUGACACAGAUGUGCCUAUGGAAACAACUGAAUGCAUUCAGGGUCAAGGAGAAGGUUACCGGGGCACCAUCAACUCCAUCUGGAAUGGAGUUCCAUGUCAGCGUUGGGAUUCCCAGUAUCCUCACCAGCAUGACAUAACUCCUGAAAAUUUCAAGUGCAAGGACCUACGAGAAAAUUUUUGCCGAAAUCCAGAUGGAGCUGAGUCACCCUGGUGUUUUACCACUGAUCCAAACAUCCGAGUUGGCUACUGCUCCCAAAUUCCAAAAUGUGAUGUGUCAAGUGGACAAGAUUGUUAUCGUGGGAAUGGCAAAAAUUAUAUGGGCAAUUUAUCCAAAACACGAUCUGGACUAACAUGUUCAAUGUGGGAGAAGAACAUGGAAGACUUACACAGGCAUAUCUUCUGGGAACCAGAUGCUAGUAAGCUGAAUAAGAAUUACUGCCGGAAUCCUGAUGAUGAUGCCCAUGGCCCCUGGUGUUACACGGGAAAUCCUCUCAUUCCAUGGGAUUAUUGUCCUAUUUCUCGUUGUGAAGGUGAUACCACACCUACAAUAGUCAAUUUAGACCAUCCCGUAAUAUCUUGUGCCAAAACAAAACAACUGCGAGUUGUAAAUGGAAUCCCAACGCGGACAAAUGUAGGAUGGAUGGUUAGUUUGAAAUACAGAAAUAAACAUAUCUGUGGAGGAUCAUUGAUAAAGGAAAGUUGGAUUCUUACCGCAAGACAAUGUUUCCCUUCUCGAAACAAAGACUUGAAAGAUUACGAAGCUUGGCUUGGGAUUCAUGAUGUCCACGGAAGAGGAGAUGAGAAACGCAAACAGGUUCUAAAUGUGUCCCAGCUGGUAUAUGGGCCUGAAGGGUCAGAUCUGGUAUUACUGAAGCUUGCUAGGCCUGCUGUCCUGGAUGAUUUUGUUAGUACAAUUGAUUUACCUAAUUAUGGAUGCACCAUUCCUGAAAAAACCACUUGCAGUGUUUAUGGCUGGGGUUAUACUGGAUCAAUCAACUCUGAUGGUCUAUUACGAGUAGCACAUCUCUAUAUUAUGGGGAAUGAGAAAUGCAGCCAAUACCAUCAAGGGAAGGUGACUCUGAAUGAGUCUGAAAUAUGUGCAGGUGCCGAAAAUAUUGUGUCAGGACCAUGUGAGGGAGAUUAUGGUGGCCCACUUGUUUGUGAACAACAUAAAAUGAGAAUGGUUCUUGGUGUCAUUGUUCCUGGUCGUGGAUGUGCCAUUCCAAAUCGUCCUGGCAUUUUUGUCCGAGUAGCAUAUUAUGCAAAAUGGAUACACAAAAUUAUAUUAACAUAUAAGAUACCACAGUCAUAGCUGAUGUAACUGUGUUUGAAGCUUGCAUCAGUACAAUUCCCUUUUACAUGAAGAUUUCGGAGAACAUGGAAUUAAAAUGUCACUGAAAACAAUCCUGAGACAACUACUUGAGUGUCAUGUUUGUUAAGAUACUCAUUAAUAUUUAUGGGUGUUUUCUGUCAUUUCGUUUGUCAGUGUUAUUUUGUAAAUGUUGAAGUGAAUUAAGGUACAUGCAAGUGUAGUAACAUAUCUCCUGAAGAUACUUGAAUGGAUUAAAAACUGCAAAGGUAUAAUUGCUGGAUGAUAAAAGAUUUAAUGGAAAAGUUCAAUUACUCUCUCUACGCUGCUUUCCAAGAUUAAUUUCUUAAUAAUGAAUAAACCAUGAGUUAAACAUUAUUUUAACCUCACAAAGACAAUUUAUACCAGUGCCCUUAAACUGUAGCUCUAUAUUAAAUUAUAUUACCUUUCAUACGCAAUACACUAUAUUUCUUUCAUUCCUCCUCACUGUGUAUCUUGUAAUACUGGUACACAUACUUUUUAUGAAAUCAUGUACCCAUAUAAUCCUACCUGGGUGCACAUGUGCAUGCACUAGAGUUCAAAUCAUGGUAUAUCUAAUGUAGCCUCUAAAUAUUUUGAGUGCUUACCUAUAUAGUUUGUCCUUAAGAGGAAACUAUAAAUGUCUAAAGACCAGUAGAAAAUUUAAGGAAAGGUGCAAGACAGAAGUGACCAGCUCAUUCUCUAGAAAUAAUCUGCAGAUGAUUUCUACUGGUUGGCAUUUAAGGUGUGGUCAUGACCCACAAAGUUAAGUAAUGCCUAAUCUAGGUGUUUAAACAUAUUUAUCAUCCUAGUCAUUGUGUAGUUUAUAAUUCUUAAAAGGAAGAGGGUAAUAUGUGUAUUAGUAUUAUUUCUUUCCUUCAAAUUUAGGGACACUUAUUUAUGAAAGAUAUUUUUAGAUCUACUUUCCUAAAAUACUUUUUACUAGUCUUAGAUAAUUGUGUAAUUGAAGCUUAAAAAUAUUUCGGUCUUUAAAAUGUAUUUAAGUAGGUUAAUUAUAAGACUUGCUGGGUGAUUGGCUUGUAGUUCGCCUUCUUUGAAUUUUUAAAGAUUAUUUCAGAAGAAAAUUUCCAUGUAUCCCCAAAGACUUAUAAAGAGACUUCCAUCAAACUAUGCCUUACAGUACAUAUUGAAGAAAAAAAUCAGAAUACAUUUCUUAACCUGGAACUCUUUUAGCCUAAUAAAACUUUAUUUAAGUAAAGGGGAAAAAAUGUAAUAGGAAAGGAAAUAAACUAGCUUGUCUAAACUCUGAAUUUAGUUAUAUUUUUAAAGGAGAGUUAAAUCUGCUGAAUGAAAGAUUUUUAUCAAGGUAUCUAAAUUUUGUCUUAUUUCAUUUUACAACUUUGGCAUCUUUCUAAUGCCCUGGAGAAUAUUCAUUUGAAUUUUGUAUUCUGUCUGAUAAUACCAGAUUAUCAUGUUUAUUAUUGUAUUUGACAUGAUUAGCUAAAAAAUCAUGUAUUUGUCAAGAAAUGAGAUCACAAGGACUAAUAGGAUAGGCUGUGAAUUUUCACAAAACCAUCCCGUACAAAUUUUAAAAUGAUUAUUUGAAUGCUCCCAAUCCGGUAUCACCAUAUCUCUCAUGUGUUUCUCUUGAAUAAUGUCAAUUAAGGCCAGAGAUCCUAAUCAUGCUCUAAAAGUUUCAUAGGACACUGUUUAAUCUUGAGUAAAUGCUCUUAAAUUUACUUGAAAACUUAGUCCACAGAGUAUAGGACAGCAAGUCGAGAAAUGCCUAUCCAAAUUGUGCAAUAGACACACACACACACACACACACACACACACACACAUAUAUAUAUAU